CGCACCCCUGCGACGUCAUCGUACUUCCCCGCAAGCCACUCCACAAUCCCCAGACGUUUAUGUCCGACGACCAAGUCCUUGGAUCCAUAGCUAGGCAUGCACUAGUAAGGCUUCAUCGCGCCAACGGGGUUUAGUCCUGCGUGGCCUGAGUGGUAAGGACUGCAGUUUGCGGCGGCUUUGUACCGAAUGAUGCACGUGGAUGGGCUCUCAUGGUUGGCAACACGGGAUAAUCUUGGUCGGAACGCGCGCUCGGAUAACGGUGUUGCAUGCGCUCAUACUCUUCAUAUAACCGCAAGCUGAUCCCAAGGAGACCCAUCAAGACUUGACUGUCGUGCACCUUGACUUUCGGUCGUGCGGUUCUUCGACCUCUUUGCACGCUUGCCGCUGCUUGUCGCGCUCACCACCAUCAUGAUCAGAACACCAUACUUCAACUGGUAUGGAAGGGGUUUUAGGCUCCGGGCUGCGAUCACAAUUGCAUGUCAAAUGGCAUUCGUGCUGUUUGGUUACGACCAGGGUGUAUUCAGUGGAAUCGUUGGAAAUGCGGAUUUCUUGAACACCUUCGAUCACCCCAGCCCAGCGCUCGAGGGCAUUAUUGUCUCUAUCUACAACCUGGGCUGCUUCACUGGAUGUAUCCUUACAUUCAUGUACGCGGAAACAACAGGCAGGAAAUUGGCUAUGUGGAUCGCCAUGGUGUGGAUCAUUGUCGGCGCGGUCCUCCAAACAACCGCGUAUUCCGUCCCACACAUCAUGAUAGCGCGUUUCCUCACCGGCAUCGGAACAGGUAUCGAAACCUCCACCGUCCCAAUGUACCAGUCCGAGCUCUGCGAAGCCAACAAGCGCGGUCGCCUCGUCGCAUCAGAGCCACUCUUCGUUGGAGUCGGUAUUGUGAUCGCGUACUGGUUUGACUACGGCAUGUCGUUUGUUCCUGGCUCCAUCGCAUGGCGCUUACCCAUUGCGUGCCAGAUGAUCUUUGCAUUCGUUGUCAUCGUUCUUGUCUUCGGCCUCCCUGAAUCGCCUCGCUACCUCUACAAGCACGGCCGCCACGAAGAAGCCCUUCAGAUCCUGUGCGACGUGUAUGACGGCACGCCCGAGGAUGAAAGGAUCGCCAAGGAGAACCGCGAGGUGCUUGAGGCCUUGAAGAUCGAAGAAGAGACGGGCGAAUACAAGUGGUCCCAACUACUCAAGCACGAUAAGGUCCAGACUGGCCGCCGCGUACUCCUCGCCUACGGCGCACAGUUCAUGAACCAGAUGGGUGGUAUCAAUUUGGUAGUGUAUUACAUCACAUCCGUCUUGCAACUCAACGUCGGUCUUACCCGCAACCUCUCCCUUCUGUUAGGUGGUGUCAUCAAUAUGAUGUUCUUCUUCGGCUCACUGUACCCGACAUUCACGCUCGACAAGACCGGCCGUCGCAAACCCAUGAUGUGGGGCUCUUUCGGCUGCGGAUUCAGCAUGUUGAUGAUCGCCGUCCUUCUGUCGUUCCAAAUGCGAGGUCAAGAUGAUCCGAUUGCGAAGGCUACAGCCUCCGCAAGCGUUGCAUUUUUCUUCACUUACAUGCUCUCCUUCGGCGCAAGCAUGAACUGCAUCCCCUGGGUCUAUGUCCCCGAAAUCCUGCCCCUGCAUGUUCGCGCCAAAGGCACCGCCGUCGGUAUCUCCGCCAACUGGUUGUGGAACUUCUUUGUCGUCAUGAUUACCCCCACGCUCCUCAACUCGCUCGCCUGGAAAGGUUACCUCAUCUUCAUGUGUCUGAACUUCUCGUUCGUUCCGCUCGUGUACUUCUGCUAUCCGGAGACUGCGAAUCUUACGCUCGAAGAAGUGGAUUGGCUGUUCUACGAAGGCGAUGUUGUGAAAAGGUCAAGGAGGAUAGCGAAGGAGGGCUGGGAGCAUGCUGAGGGUACCCAGCCUGAUAUUGGUGUGCUUGAAACUGGAAGCGUGGGUAGCAAGCGAAGUGAGAGUAAGGAGGUCGGCACUGAGAAGAGGGAGCAUCGGAGCUUGUGAGCAACUCGAUAUCUGUUAGUUGGUUAGGCAAAGUACCAACUUAAAAAACCCCCAGUAGGGGAUCUUCACCA